AUGAGAGCUUGUACGAUUGCUUUGAGCUGCGCUCUUUUGGCCCUACUUGUUGCCCACCUGCCGCGCGGUGAGGCAGUCACCUGUGCAGAGGCGCCCACCGAUGCCAACUGCAUUGACUGCACUCUGGCAGCGAAUUCAGCCGAUCCCGAGUGUGCGCCUCCAACGACAGUGGAGUCAAUCACGACGCAAGCCCCGACAGAGGGCGAGUCAACUGUGGCUAAUGAUGAUCCCAACGCUGAUGAUGAUGAUGAUGAUUGUCCCUGCCGUCGCCCACGUGGAGGUCGUGGCGGUCGUCGAGGUGGCCGUGGAGGUCGCCGAGGUGGGCGUGGCGGUCGUGGAGGACGCGGUGGCAGACGUGGUGGCAGACGCGGCGAUAGACGCUUUGGCCGCGGCUAA